CCGCUCCCGCCGCCGCCGCCGUCGCCUCCCCUCAACCUCCCGGUCUCUCCCCGCGCUCCUUCCACGGCUCUCGCCCCUUCUCCCUCCGUCCCGUCCUCUCUGCUCCCCUCACCCCGCCUCUCUCCCCCUCCCCCAGCCCCUCCUCUCCUCACCCCACCCUGCCUCCCUCCCUCCCGCUCCCUCUGCCCGCCCGCCCGGCGCUCGCAGAGCCGACACCAGGGGGGCUCUCGAUGUAGCACCAUGACAGGCAUCGCCGCCGCCUCCUUCUUCUCCAAUACCUGCCGAUUCGGGGGCUGCGGACUCCACUUUCCCACCCUGGCCGACCUCAUCGAGCACAUCGAGGACAACCACAUAGAUACUGAUCCACGAGUUUUAGAAAAACAAGAAUUACAGCAGCCAACCUAUGUUGCCCUCAGUUACAUUAAUAGAUUCAUGACAGAUGCUGCCCGCCGAGAACAGGAGUCCCUGAAAAAGAAGAUUCAACCGAAGCUCUCACUGACCCUGUCCAGCUCAGUGUCUCGAGGGAAUGUGUCCACUCCACCACGCCACAGCAGUGGAAGCCUUACACCCCCCGUGACUCCACCAAUCACCCCUUCCUCUUCUUUCCGCAGCAGCACUCCAACAGGCAGCGAGUAUGAUGAGGAGGAAGUGGACUAUGAGGAGUCGGACAGCGACGAGUCCUGGACCACUGAGAGCGCCAUCAGCUCCGAAGCCAUCCUCAGCUCCAUGUGCAUGAAUGGAGGGGAGGAGAAGCCUUUUGCUUGCCCGGUUCCAGGAUGUAAAAAGCGCUACAAGAAUGUGAAUGGCAUAAAGUACCAUGCCAAGAAUGGUCACAGAACACAGAUUCGUGUCCGCAAACCAUUCAAAUGUCGUUGUGGGAAGAGUUACAAGACAGCUCAGGGCCUGCGGCACCACACAAUCAACUUCCACCCCCCAGUGUCGGCCGAGAUCAUCAGGAAGAUGCAGCAAUAAUGUGCUGGUCCUGACUGUGCCAAGAAUCCUCACCAGCAGUUGCUGAUUUUGAAACAGCCACCUUUUUUCAGGGGAAGCAUUCAGCAACCCUUUAAAGAAAAGAAUUCAAUGCAUGCUUUAAAUUUUUUCUGUAAUUUUGGAAUGAUGUAUCUUUGUAGAGUUAAUGAUUUUGUACAUUUGCACAUGUAUUCAUCAUAUCCAUUUUCAUUACUUUGAUAUAAGGUGCUAAACAAAAACAACAAAAAAGCUCUAGGUUCUUCAGCACAUUUCCCCCCAAACAAAAUAAAACUGAGGGCAUGUUGCACAUUGCUUAGUUGUACUGCAGUGAUAAAAACUGGGGGAGGAGGGGCUGGCACGGAGAUUCCCCCCCAAGAUUGUAAUGUGAUUGAAGUUUUCAACACAUCAACUCACAUAUGUUCAAAACCAAAAUAAUACCUUCGUUAUCAAACUGGUUACCAUGCCUUACAUAAUGGAGUUAGUAUUCGUGAGUAGAACGACUUUAGGUAACUGAACUAUAAAUAAGAAUGUUUAACAUAAUAUGCUAAAAGUAUUUUCAUAUUUAAAUAACAUACAUAAAAGGUGUGCUUUCUGUGUUUUAUAUUAUCUUGCAAAUCUUUUUCCCUUUAAAAAAGCUGAAAAUCUUGCCAUUUGAUUUUACCAAUCACUUUAGUGUUAUAAAUGGCAUUUUUGUACAAAAUAGUCUAUUCAGUUCACUCAUUAACUCAACAUCCCUUGACUGAGUGCCUGCUGGGGUGCCAAGGAUUCCAGUUAUGCCUGUUGAUAUUUGUGGACCAACAUGCCAGUUAAGUGAAAUACUUUUCCCCACAGUCUGUUAGCAAACACUUUGAAAUACUUAAGUGCAAAUUUUGUGUGUGUAAAAUUGAGUUCUUCAUCUUUAGAUGAAGUUUUAAAGCACUUUGUAGUUCUCUAUUGCCAACAGUUAAUGUUUUAUGUGUUGCCAAUUCUUGCAGCCACUGCCCUAACAAAACCUAUAGGUUGCAAAUAAGAAUUAAAAUUCUUAAGCAUAUUUCAAAGAGGAACAUUUCUGUUAAGACCUUUAUCACCUCUUCAUCAUUGUAGUCUUUGUAUUUUUUUAAGGUACUUCCCUCAAAAUAUUGUACAUGUCUGCAUUCCCAUUGAAAGUGGUCUGUUUAGCUUUAUAAAAACAUUUUGCUGAAAUAAGAAAUUGAGCCUUAUUGACAAUUAAGUGCUACUUGCAGCAGGUGGUCAAAGAGAGUGACUGAUGUAACCAUUAGGGUAGCUGGUCCACCCCUUCCCGAGUUUUCCUCGCCAACAGUACCACCAUGCCUUGAGUGUUCUUUCCUCCCAAGUGCUAUUCCUUGAACAUGAGUUUACCAAUUGCCUGAUUAUGCAAUUAAAAACUGCUUUGAGACGGCCAACUGUCCACCGAACAACUGGUGAAAAGCAAAUUUGAAUCGCUUUUAAAAUAAACAGCUUGCUUGUCUCACAUGUGACAAGUCUUAAAACCAGCUGAGAAGCAAGUGUCCCUCCUCAUAUUCUCCAGCAUUUUGAAAGGAUGACAAUUCUGUUGGCCUGAUGGGUAAACUUCUAGUCAUAUGCUGUGAAUCCCUCAUAAUGAGGGAUCUGAAAGUAUUUGUAAGAGAGUGCCCUCUAAAAACUUCCCUUGGUCUCUGGAGCAUGGCUUUGGUUUUGAAUGUACUGUUACUCCGCUAUGUUUAAAAGGAUGAUCCAGGCACGAGAAGCAACUCGUUGGUGAACAAGAAGGUCCCACUUGGCCAUUUCAUAUCUGCCUACAAUUGAUCACUGGCAAAUUUUACAGGCAAUUGUUUAGCUUUGCUCCUAGUGUAAGAAAUUGCAGGCUGGAUCAGUAGUUCAACAGCUAAACAGUCAUAAAAGUGAUUUGUGCAUGUUAAAUUUCUUUUAUAUUCAAAUAUAAAACAAAUCCCAAUUUCUAAUUACGUAUCCAUUGUGACAGUAUUACUAAACAGGUGAGGAUGGGAGUAUUUUGUUAUACCAUGUAUAGUGAAUGUACCGUACCGUGUCUGUGAGAACUGUGCUUUAAAUUAUAUUUUCAUAUGUUUUGUUGAGGACAGAGCACAUUGAGUUUGAAAGUGACAGAGGUUUGUUUUAGAACUGAAGGCAACUUAGUGAAUCAAAAUUCCUGUCAAGAAAAGCUGCUUAUAAAUGUAAAUGAAAUCACAUUUAAAAUAAACUGCCUCUGACCCAAA